AUGUCUCCCACCCAGGACCUGGGCGAGACUGGGACCCGGCGGGGCUGGGGGUCUCCCGGGGCGGCCGGUGACCCCUCCUGCGGCCGGGUCGCCUCCUCCCGGCACAGGCGCCGGCUGGUUUCUUCGCCCCAGCUCUCCUGGAGCGGCUGCCGGCAGGACGGACCCCUCCUCUGCUGGAGCCAGAGAGAGCUCAGACUGUCAUCAGGGCCCAGGACGGUGAUCCACCCCAAGGCCAGGAUCAUCGCCGAAGCGGGACCCAUCGUCAUCGGGGAAGGCAACCUGAUCGAAGAACAGGCGCUCAUCAUAAACGGGUAUCCAGAAAAUAUUACACCAGAAACUGAAGAGGUGGAGCCCAAACCAAUGGUCAUUGGCACCAACAAUGUUUUCGAAGUUGGGUGUUAUUCCCAAGCAAUGAAGGUGGGAGAUAACAAUGUCAUCGAAUCCAAAGCGUUUGUCGGCAGGAAUGUGAUCCUGACGAGCGGCUGCAUCAUCGGGGCCUGCUGUAACGUCAACACCUACGAGGUGAUCCCCGAAAACACCGUCAUCUACGGGGCCGACUGCCUUCGCCGCGUCCAGACCGAGCGGCCGCAGCCCCAGACGCUGCAGUUGGAUUUCCUGAUGAAGAUCUUGCCAAACUACCAUCACCUAAAGAAGACCAUGAAGGCCACCUCCACUCCUGUCAAGAGCUGAGCUCCUGCUGCUGCUGGUGGCCGACCGGGGCUUUCAUCUGGUCCUGCAAAGCACUACAUGGCCCCGGGAAGCAGCCGGUCUCCUCGUCCCUCAUUCCAUCUUUGGAAAAAACCAAACCCGUCUUG